CCUCCGGGCUCUGGGCCCCAGACUUGGCCUCGCUCUCCCUUCUCACCUCUCACCCCUUCCCCAGCAGGGCGACAGGGCUACGAUCUCCUGGUGAUUGGCGGGGGAUCCGGCGGCCUGGCCUGUGCCAAGGAAGCUGCUCAGCUGGGAAAGAAGGUGGCCGUGGUCGACUAUGUGGAGCCUUCCCCCCGAGGCACCAGGUGGGGCCUCGGCGGCACCUGUGUGAAUGUCGGCUGCAUCCCCAAGAAGCUGAUGCACCAGGCGGCACUGCUGGGGGACAUGAUCCGAGAUGCCCCCCACUACGGCUGGGAGGUACCCCCGCUGGUCCCACACGAUUGGAGGAAAAUGGCAGCAGCUGUUCAAAACCAUGUGAAAUCCCUGAACUGGGGGCACCGGGUCCAGCUGCAGGACAGAAAAGUCAAGUACUUUAACAUCAAGGCCAGCUUUGUCAAUGAGCACACGGUCUGCGGUGUCACAAAAGAUGGGAAAGAGACUCUGCUUUCGGCUGAGCACAUCGUCAUCGCGACUGGAGGGCGGCCGAGGUACCCCACGCAUAUCGAAGGUGCUUUGGAAUAUGGAAUUACCAGUGAUGACAUCUUCUGGCUGAAAGAAUCCCCUGGAAAAACGUUGGUGGUCGGGGCCAGCUACGUGGCCCUGGAGUGUGCCGGCUUCCUCACCGGGCUGGGACUGGACGCCACCGUCAUGGUGCGCAGCAUCCCCCUCCGGGGCUUCGACCAGCAAAUGUCUUCCCUGGUCACUGAGUACAUGGCAUCUCAUGGCACUCGGUUCCUGAGGGGCUGCACCCCCUCGAGGGUGGGGAGGCUCCCGGACGGCCAGCUCCAGGUCAUCUGGGAGGACCUCGCCUCUGGCAAGAAGGACGUGGGCACCUUUGAUACUGUCCUAUGGGCCAUAGGUCGAGUUCCAGAAACCAGAAGUCUGCAUUUGGAGAAUGCUGGAGUGAACACCCACCCCAACAGUCAGAAGAUCCUGGUUGACGCCGGGGAAGCCACUUCCGUCCCCCACAUCUAUGCCAUCGGAGACGUAGCAGAGGGGCGGCCCGAGCUGACACCACCGGCUGUCAUGGCGGGGAAGCUCCUGGCCCGGCGGCUGUGCGGUCAGUCCUCAGACCUGAUGGACUACGACAACGUCCCUACAACAGUCUUCACCCCUCUGGAGUAUGGCUGUGUGGGGCUGUCAGAGGAGGAGGCUGUGGCUCGCCAUGGAGAGGAACACGUGGAGGUUUAUCAUGCAUAUUAUAAACCACUGGAGUUCACGGUGGCUGAACGGGAUGCGUCCCAGUGUUACAUAAAGAUGGUGUGCCUGCGGGAGCCCCCACAGCUGGUGCUGGGCCUGCACUUCCUCGGCCCCAAUGCGGGCGAAGUUACUCAAGGAUUUGCUCUGGGGAUCAAGUGUGGGGCCUCCUAUGCGCAGGUGAUGCGGACAUUGGGCAUCCACCCGACCUGCGCCGAGGAGGUGGCCAAGCUACGCAUCACCAAGCGCUCGGGCCUGGACCCCACAGUGACAGGCUGCUGAGGGUAAGCCAUCAUCCCUGCCAGGCCCAGGGUGCACGGCCCACCUGCUGCCCCACAGCCAAGCUCUUCAGAGGCUCCCAUCCAGGACACCAGAGGCCGAGCCCUGGCAAGUCUUGCCCUGCCUGGAGAGCCCUGACGGUCAGCGUGGGACAGUGUGUCUGGAUGGACUGCCGUGUGCCCCGCAGGGAUGCCUCGGGGGCUGUGAGCCCCCACACUGCACCUUGCACCCCUCCUGCCUGAGCCAGCCCUGCCAGGUUCCAGAUGCCAGACGAUGACGACCUGCGCGGAAACCCACCCUGUGGGCUGCCCACGUCCGAGCCCCCUGGCAUUUCUGAAGUGCAAAUAAAGAGGGUGUUUUCUUGAA